AAGGUCGUAUGCGAUCCGGAGUGUGCCACUGGAUGCGUGCCCAACAAACCCAGCCAGUGUUGUAGCAAGGAUUGCGCGGCCGGAUGCACUGGACAGUUCGAUCGGUGUGAGAAAUGCAGGUUCUACAACAACUCUGGCACAUGCGUGGUCAAAUGCCCACCACACUACGACUACAACCAGCACACAAUGAAGUAUGAGAGGACGGACAAUGGAAAAUACGCUUACCUAUUCGAAUGUGUGGAAGAAUGCCCUGGUAGGUACUCCCCUUAG